AGUUUUCUCUUAACUUUGAUUAUUAGAAGAUAAAUCUAUUCCUAAAUUUUCUGAGUCUCCUCUUAACUUUCUUUUCUCUUUCCUCUCUCACUGGCAGUUUUGCUAUUUUCGGUAAAUCGGUCGACGACGUCAGUCCGUUCAAAACUUCAAGUCGUGGUCGGUCCGUUCAAGUAUUAGUUAGUUCGUCAUUCGUCGUCACCCGUCGGAGAUUGACGUUCAGCUGUUUAGUUGUGAAUUUUCAGGAAAAAAAAACACAGAAAAGAACAAGCUUGUAACCCUAACUCUCCUAACUUCCAAUCCGUAAAUUCGCUGGGGAAAUUCCAUUUCUCUCUACCAAUUGGAGAGUACAUGUUACAGAUUUCAUCAAGCUUUGUUUUGUAUCUAAAAAUUUCGAUUCCGAAUUUCGUAUUUCCAGCAUCAAUUGACAUUCUAUCUGGCGGAAAGAAAUUGUAGGAUAUUUUCAAGACUGUGCAUAUGGACAAUAUUGUAGAUUCCCUAAAUAAUGCAUAUCAAGAUUUUCUGGCUGCUGCUGCUGGGGUGUUAGAAGCAAAAGAAGCAUCCGGAAGUCAGAAAACAGCGGCUACAGAUGCUGCUCUGGAGAACUUUAAACAGCGUUGGGAAUUAUUCAGAGUUGGUUGUGAUCAAGCGGAGGAGUUUGUGGAGUCUGUUAAACAGAGAAUAGGAUCGGAGUGCUUAGUGGAUGAAGCUACUGGUUCAGUGGCUGGGAAGCCUGGUCACCCUAUUGUUGGUCUUCCACCAAUUAGUGCUGUAAGAUUGGAACAAAUGAGUAAAGCAGUGAGAUGGCUUGUAAUUGAAUUGCAGCAGGGUUCUGGAAAUAGCGCUGGAUCUUCAAACCCUAACUCUAAUGCUCCCUUUGAUGCCAGGUUCUCAGAGGAUACUGCUCAAUAGUUGCUUCUUUAUUUAUAUUGGCAGAUCAAAAGAGGAAGGUUAUCCAUUCAAUAGUUGGAGAAGAACUUGGUCUUUGUAGGAAACUUAACAUAUAUUGCAGCUGCUUGUUGAAAAAUCAGCAAUUCACCACUGGUAGCUUUCAGAGUUUUGCUAGAUGCGUGGAGAAAAAUCUGCAGACAGAUUGGAGAAAUAUCUCUCGUACUGUAGUAUCAUUGUGUCAAUAUCUGAUGUAACACUAAUUAGUCGUCUCCUCUCUUUAAAUCUUGUGAAUUGGCGACUGCACUCCCAAAAUCAAAUCAGCUCUCACAAUUUCAGCAUCCAAGCUCAAUUAUCGUCCGAUUGAAAUUGUAUUCAUGAGUUAUUUAUCCUAGGUAGUGUUUUCUUCUUAGCUUAAUGCUAAUUUGUAAGUUCAAUUUAUGCUCUUAUGUUGAGUUCAAUUCAGUCCCUUGUGUGAAAUUGGUUAUGGAGAUCUCCUGUCAUCAUUUGUUGGUGGCAUUCCCUUGAACAUGUAUAUCAUGAGAAUAAAGGAGACGAAAAUGACACAACACCACCGACUUUCUUCUAUAAGGCACGGAUUGAUGGGAAGAUGGUGUUUUUCCAGAAAAAAGCAGGGCCUAAGAAGAAUGGAAGAAGAUAAAUAACCUUGUUUUCCCCUUGUUUUUCUGCUUUCCAGGAUGCUAACUCAAAAAUACUAGGAUGGUAAUUAUUCAUGACAUUUGCAUAUUGGAAGUUAAAACAUAGGUAGUUGCUGUAUUAAGCUUGGUCAUGACAAGGAUCUUUGUGUUUCUAUCUAUGGCCUAAGUGAGUAUGUAAUGAAACUUGUUUA